AUGCGCGCACUCAGCUCUAGGCGAUCCCAGGCUUCACGUAGUGGCUUCCCUCCCCCGGGCUGUCCCUCACUUUGUCCCCUCUCCUGCUAAAUCCGUUUCCCCUUCUUUUCUAGUUCCCAGAUGGGGCUCUCUGCAACUCCACGGCCGAGCGAGAAGCGUCUUUGGAGAGCUGGUGGCUGAACUGUUGGGGCGCACAGUGGAGGGUGGGGACCGAGCCACUCCGACCGCCCCAAAGUGGGAUGCAAAGAGCCGACGCUGGAAACGCCCCCGAGGGGCUGAGGACACGGGUGCGCCCGGGUCGCAGGGAUCCCUCCAAAGCAACUGAGGUCAACCCAGGGUUUCUGCGCAUCUGCCGCUGGACACGGUCCAAGCAGACGGCCAUCGCCAAGCUCCUCCUCCUGGAAGUGGCAGGGCGGAGGAACCGGAGCCAGGGAACCGAGGGCCGCCGCGAUGGAGCCGGCCGGCCCGAGCGCGGAGGAGGCCGGCGCGGAGGCCGCGGUUGGAGACCCGUAUCGGAGGCCGGCGCGGCGCACGCAGUGGCUGCUGAGCGCCCUGGCUCACCACUACGGCCUGGAUCGCGGCGUGGAGAACGAGAUCGUGGUGCUGGCCACCGGCCUGGACCAGUACCUGCAGGAGGUCUUCCACCACCUGGACUGCCGAGGCGCAGGUCGCCUUCCGCGCUCCGACUUCCGCGCGCUCUGCGCCGUUUUGGGGCUGCGCGCCGAGGGCACCGCCUCCGGGGAGGCCACCGGGGAUGCGAUCCCUGGAGACUCCGGGGAUGGGACCUCCUCCGGGGAUGUGGCCGCUGAUGGAGACGCGGACGCCCAGGAGGAGGCGCGGCUGGCGCUGCGCGCGGAGCCCCCGGAGCUCACCUUCCGCCAGUUCCACGCGCGCCUCUGCGGCUACUUUGGCACCCGCGCGGGUCCCCGGUUGCCCCGCGGAGCGCUCAGCGAACACAUCGAGACGCAGAUCCGCCUGCGCCGCCCGCGUCGCCGCCGCCGCCGCCAGCACCCGACCCAGGCGCAGGGUCCCGACCAGGGUGGGCGGGGGGGCCCGGAGGGCGAGCCCGUCGUGGCUGGCAUCCGUGUCGUGCAUCUGGUUGGCCUCUGGAAGAGCCAGGCAGGCGCGCACGAAGAGGGAUGCGGCAGGCCCGAGGCAGUGGCGCGGGAGCUGCGACAGGCGCAGGGAGCGCUGGCGGCGGCGGAGGCCCGCGCUGGGAGGCUGCAGCAGGGCCAGGCCGAGGUGCGGCGACGCGCAGAGGAGGCCCGGCAGGCCGUGCUGCGCAGCCUGAGCCGUGUGCGGGAGCUGGAGGCGCUGGCACAGCAAGUGCCCAGUUUGCAGCGCUGGGUGCAGCAGCUGGAGGCGGAGCUACAGCGCUACAGGUCACAGGGUCCCCAGCUGUCAACGCCCCCUCAAGGCAGCCCAGAGCCAGGAGUCCAGAGGGGUGGCCCCGAGGAGACUGGGACCAGAGCCACGGCCACCGCUCCAGAGCCAGGCUGGCAGGCAGAGAGCAGAACCCUGGAUGAAGUGGACGAACAGCUGUUCCGCUCCGUGGAGGGCCAGGCGGCCUCUGAUGAGGAGGAGGAAGAGGACGAGACGUGGCGGAGGCAGAAGAGGCCACCAGAGGCCCGGGCCGAGUGGCCCUCCGGCUGUCAGGGCGGGUACGUUGUGGGGGGACACCAGAUGGUGGAGACGGAGCGCGUGCGGCUGUCGCUGCUGGAGGAGAAGCUGGCCGACGUCCUGCAGCUCCUGCAGAGGCUCCUCGACCUGAACAUCUCGAAAAGAGCCCUGGGGCAGAUCCUGCUGAGCACCCUGGACGCCUGGAGGAACCCCGCCCAGGAAGGCGCACCUGGGCCCUCGGCUGUGCUGGACGCCCUGCACCGGGCCCUCGCUGGCUGUGAGCUCCUGCAGAGGCCACCCCCAGGACAGGCCUCUCCAAACCCCGCUCUCGCCAACCCCCUUGUCCUCUCCUGCUGAGGUCACGGACACAGCCCGUGGGCACCGCUGGUCAGCCUGACCGCCAUCCACCCGGCCUCCACGAUCGGCCUCACCACGGUCACAUCAUCAGCACUCAGGAGGCCCUGAAGGCCACCCCUUCCUUGGGCCUUCCCCCACCUCCCGUCACAGUCCCUGCCUCCCUGUCACCACAGUCCACAGUGAAGCCCUACCGACCUGGGCCCGGUGACACCCACCUGUCCUCCCAGUGACUCGGGAGGCUGAGGCAG